GGACAGGGGGCAGCCCAGUCGAGCCAGGGUGCCCCAGCAGGCGGAGGUGUCGCAAACCUCUUAAGGGUCCUCCGAAGAGGAGCAUCGAACUCGUGCCUGCAGUGCCCCAGCUCCCCCAUCUCCCGCCAAGCGCCCCCUCAGCCGAUCGCACUAUAAAUAAAAUCUCCUCAUCUGGCUUACCACACAGCCCCAAGUAUUUCAACCCCCAUCAUCUGAUCAGCUAAGCCAACAAUAUCCGAUGGCCGGCCCAGCCUGUCCAGUCUGUGGGGAUGCAGCAGUGAUCGAGUACGACUCUUCUGCCGGGAACGCCGUCUGCACCACCUGCGGAUAUGUCGUCGAUGAAAACACGAUCGUCGCCGAGGUCACCUUUGGAGAAUCCUCAAACGGAGCAGCCGUCCUCCAGGGCAGCUCACUGGGCGCUACUGACCUGAGAGCAAGGAUCGGCGGCCCUCGCGGUAGACCCCAACAAUCUGCAGAAUCUCGCGCCGAGACUCUCGCACAAGGCAUGAGGAAACUCACGGCUAUGGCUCACGCUUUGCGAUUGGGUGACUCGAUUGCCGAAUCAGCCCAUCGAUUUUUCACUCUCGCCGUUUCCAAUGGAUUUGUGAUGGGAAGACGAAGUCCAUACGUCCUAGCCAGCUGCAUCUAUGUAGCCUGUCGACUUGCUAAACUACCUACCAUGUUGAUCGAUAUCAGUGAUUUGUUACAGGUCAAUGUCUUUAUUGUCGGAGCAACCUACUUGAAGCUUGUCAAAGAACUCUGUUUACAAAACAUUCCACUAGUCGACCCGUCCUUGUACAUCUCUCGCUUUGCCUCUCUCUUGGAAUUUGGCGAGGACACGCAAAAGGUGGCAUACGAUGCCGCCAGACUGGUCAAACGAUUCGAUACGGAUUGGAUGACAGCCGGUCGACGGCCCGCAGGUAUCGCAGGUGCGAGCUUGUUGAUAGCCGCACGGAUGAACGGUUUCCGAAGAAGCGUAUUAGAGAUCGUUCAAGUGGUCAAGAUGGCCGAUGUGACGAUCAAGAAACGACUGGAAGAGUUCCGUGUGACAGCCUCAGGAAAGAUGACGGUCGAAGAAUUCCGCACGAUCUGGUUAGAAGAAGCUGAGAAUCCACCCGCACUCAAAAAGAACAGGCGUAAGGAACGAAAGAAGGAGAUGGCUGAUGAUGACGAUGAUGAUCAAGCCUCAGUGAUCACUCACUCUAAUGAACCUCCUCAUCAAAGUCCGGCCCCAAGUAAUCUAGCUCCCAAACAAGGAACUCAGCCCACUGUCACUCAAGUUAACACUCUCAAACGAAAAACUCCUGAUGACGAACAUCCUGAAAAGGAAGCCUGGGGUGGAUCGAUUGCUGACUCAGAAACUGAGAUCGAAGUGCACGAGUUCAAAGAGACCGAUCCGAACUCAAACGAUGGAGCUGAUUGGUACGACAAUCAAAUCGAACAGGUCAUCACACAGGAAGUCGAAUCCCAUCUGAUCUCAGGUGACGGAUUCGUCCUACAGACCGAACUUGAUGAGAAAGAACGACGUCAAAAGGAAGAGGCUCAAAAGAUUCAGGACGCUCGACUGGAUGACUUGGAUGACGACGAACUAGAUCAAUUCAUCUUGAACGACAAAGAGGUCGAGAUGAAAACUAGGGUUUGGAUGGAAUUGAAUCGAGAAUACUUGGAAAAGGUCGCCUUGAAGAAAGAACGAGAAGCCAAUGGUGAAUUGAAAGUAGCCAAGAAGUAUAACAGAACAAAAUCCAAGCCGAGAGAUUCGGAGAAUCCAGCCGGUUUGACCGUCGAAGAAUCGGUGAAAAACAUGAUCAACUCGAAGAAAAAGUUGAGUUCGAAGAUCAACUAUGCCAUCGCCGAUUCCUUAUUUGGAAAAGCUGGAUCUUCCUCGUCGCCAUCACAGCCCAACUUGAAGAAGUUGAAGCCAGCAAGCAAGCGCUCCCAAUCCUCUGCGGCUUCUGGUCACACUUCGUUGCUCAAUUCCAACAAACAGGUCGCUGCUCAUCAGGACGAAGAUGAUGAUGAUGACGACGACGAUCACAUGCAGGAAGAAGAGGAAAUCGUCCAUGACGCUGAAUUCGCAAUGUUGAAACGGGACAACUUGAUGAUGAGAGAAGAAGACGACUUUGAAGGAUGGGGUGAGGAAGCUUAAGGAAAACCUUCUCCCCACUUCACAUACUACAUACACAUCUUUCUGUUCUUUUUUUUUUCUUCAAGAGAAUAUAUACAUAUUUAAACUUUCAUAGAUCAAGGUAACUACAUAAUCAUCAAAAACAGAGCAAACCAUUAAAUCAUCCUGCAUCUUAAAUCUCAUCAUCCCGCAAUCUCAUGUAAUCAAAUUUCCCCUCUCAAAAAAAAAAGAGAGAAACUGCAUCCAUUACUUGAUUAAAAGAAAAAAAAUAUGAAUUGUGUGACUUCAAAAAUAACUUGACUGCUUCAUUACAACCAAGAAACAUGAAAUUUCUCAUGCAAACAACCCCACUGGGACUGACGUGAGUAUCAGUAGCUUUGUAAUUCAGAUUGUUUGAAGAAGUUUGAUUGAUCUUUCUCUGAAGACAAAUAGUUAUUUGUCUACCCGUUUUGAUUCAACCUUACUGCUGUCUCCUUGCUCAGCUCCUUGGCAACCCACAAACCUGUUUGUUUCAAUUACUUUGGUUUAAUGUUGUGUAUGUGUACAUAUUUUGCAUAUUGAUGUUGUCUCAGUGCUCUUCUCUAGUCUGCCUAUUAGUGGCCAUUGUCUCAGAUUGCGAUUCUAAAUCCAAGUAAUCGAUAAUCAAGCUUGUUUGUAGUUCAGAAGCUCAAAGGGUCCCCCAGGAAUGAUCCUGUUCUG